AUGGUCAACUUCCCGAGACUAACACCCGGAACGCAGCUCCAGGUGGGCUCGCACGAGGUAACCAUCGUCCAGUACCUCUCUGAGGGCGGCUUCGCCCACAUCUACUCGGUGACAACGCGUGCGACGGCACGACCGGAUGCGGACCCCGUUGUUGCGUGCCUUAAGCGUGUGGUAGUUCCUGACAGACAGGGCUUGGACCAGCUCCGUGUGGAGGUGGAUGUGAUGAAGAAGCUCGCGGGCAGCGACAAAAUUGUCCAGUACUUUGAUUCUCACGCUCAACGCCUCGCAGGCGGUCCCGAAUAUGAGGUACUUCUCCUCAUGGAGCUCUGUCCGAACGGUUCGCUCCUUGACUACAUGAACACGAAGCUCAAGACGAAACUUACAGAGCCUGAGAUCUUAAAGAUCAUGUUCGACGUGACACUCGGCGCGCGCGAGAUGCACAAGUUGCGUUUGAUCCACCGCGACAUCAAGAUCGAGAAUGUGUUGAUCAAUUCAGCAAACACCUUCAAGCUCUGUGAUUUUGGCUCCACCUCCGGAGUGAUAGAGCCGCCAGUGACUCCGGAACAGUUCCAGCGCUUGCAAGGCGAUUUGGUGCAGCAUACAACGCCACAGUACCGCUCACCCGAGAUGGUUGAUUUGCGCCGCGGUGCGCCAAUUGACGAGAAGAGCGACAUCUGGGCUCUCGGCGUAUUUUUGUAUAAGCUUUGCUACUACACAACUCCGUUUGAGAGCGUGGGUGAGAUUGCCAUUUUACACGCAGCAUACCUGUUUCCACUGAAGCCUGUCUACUCCAACGACUUGAAGAAUCUCGUGGUGAUUAUGCUCCAGGAGGACCCGCAACUCAGACCAAACGUCAAUCAGAUCUUA